AUGGAGUUCUGGAAAAUGAUAUUUGUGCCAGCCAUGACGGUGUUCAAGACCAUGCCUAAUGUUACAAAUCCGGAGCGCAAUCAGCAAUACGACAUUCGAGAGGCCGAAAAAUGGGAGACGGUAUACGAAAAGCUUGUGGCUGCUCGUGACCAUUACGUUGACAAGACUGGAGUCAGAGGUCACCUUCAGCAGACUUGGCGAUGGCUCGCAGAUAACGUGAUUGAAGUCGUGAGUGUGGCUGUUGCGGUUUCGCCCAAGCCAGAUAUCGCUACUCCAGUCUUCGCUGCCGUGAAUAUCAUCAUCGAGGCGGUGAAAACCGGAGCGGAGAGGCGUAAAGAGGUGUUACAGGGACUAGAAGGACUAGAGGACAUAUUUUCCGAUGUCGAGUUGUUUCUCGCGACUUUUGAGGGGGAGCAAGACAUUACAAACAAAGCCAUCGUCCUGAUAGCCCAUGUUCUCGUCGCCGUGGAAAGGGGUAUUGGCUUCUUUACGAAGCACAGUUAUGCACAAGUGGUGACCUUGGAAAGACGCAACGCGGAACUGGAAAUGCAAAACACGAUGCUCCGUAGUGUCUCGCCAGCCGUGCAGCAGUCAGCAUGGGCUCCCCCUCCGUGUCUGUUCUCCACCGACCAGCAGACUCUAUGGGAGCAGCUCGACAUUGACGACCUCGACACAGCUGAUAUGGAUCACAUCGAGUCACGGGGUCCGUUUCUCAGCAGUUCUGACCGCUCCCAGACGGAGCAGUUGGAGAUGCAUCACACGUUCCAAGACUGGGUCGUCGCAGCGCAUUCUACGAAGCUGCUCGUGCACGGAAAUCUUGUCCACAGUCCCAUGCAUACUUCAGCUCUGUCUCUCUUCUGCAGCACAAUCGUUCAGGCGUUCCGCUACCGCAAACACUUUCUGUGUAUCGUCUGGUUCUGUGGUCUGCAUCAGGGCGGAGGUAAACUGUCGGACUGGAACGACAACUCCUCGAAUGACUCGCAUAUGUCUGACUGGGGCGCGGACUCGGACUUCUGCUCAGACUCGGACGACAACGAGGAUUUCGGAUGCCUGACCCAGUACGGCCCCGGAACACGCACACAGACACUAAUAAAGAUGAUGCGCAGCCUUAUAGCGCAGUUGCUGUGCGACUAUCAAUUCGAAGUCGGCAUCGACCUGCUGCCACCCGGUCUCGCCCCCGAGCAGAUACAUGGAGCCAGCCUCGACCAGCUGCGGGCCCUCUUUGCGUGGUUGGUGCGAAUGCUACCGGCGGACAUCACGCUGUUCUGCGUCAUUGAUGGCAUCAGCUUCUACGAGCGGGAUGAGUACGAGGAACCGCUUCUCGAGCUGCUGGGGGACAUCCUGGGUCUGACUGCAGAGAAGGACCUAAAUGCGGUGUUAAAAGUGCUGGUGACAAGCCCGUGGCCGACAGCGGUCGUGCGUAUGGGCUUUGAGGAGGAGGAAGGGGAGGGCAAGAAGGAUGGCGGUGAAACAGAAAGCCUUAUACUGCCUCUCGAUACAAUUUCUGGAGCUCAAGUGUCCUACAAGUUGGAAAGGCUAAGAAGGGAGCUAGACGGGGUCACAGAAGACGGCGUUGAAAAGAAGGCAAUGUUUUAG